AAUCUACUAAAGAUCGUUAUUAGUAAGUCUAGCCUUUUAGAAGGUAUCUUCCUUAGCCCUAUAGCUACUAUCCUUUAUUCUCUUAAGGGCGUUAUUAACACUCUUGCUUUUAGCAUCAUCGAUUCUAUACCUUUCUAUACUAAUAAGGCUACUUUAGAUAAGAGCAACUUAGACGACACUCUUAGUAAGGCGGUUUACGCUUACACUCCUACUAGUUCUCUCGGCCUUAACCUAUUCUGCUAG